AUGCGACUCUUCGUCACUAAACGGAUUUCCGCCGCUCUCCGCUUAUACGCCGCUGCAGUUCCCCGCCACAGUCCCAACAUAAGUACUUGUGCUAGCCGCUUGCCCAAAUUUCAGACGCCAGCUUACGCGUCCGGAGGAGGCCUGCUAGAUUCCCCAUGGUCCGCCACCCAGCUCCGCGGCGCGAGAUUCUCCGGCGCCGAUGUACGGCCUGGAAAUGUUAUCGAAAGAAGAGGAAAGCUUUAUGAGGUGGUAAAAGCAGACCACUCUACCCAAGGAAGAGGAGGAGCUAUAAUACAGGUGGAGCUGCGGGAUGUCGAUAGUGGAAGCAAAGUGAAUGAAAGGCUGCGAACUGAUGAGAAAGUAGAAAAGAUAUAUGUUGAGGAGAAGUCACUGACAUACUCUUACACUGACGAUGAAACUGGAAAUAUUGUGCUUAUGGAGCCCGACACUUACAACCAGCUGGAAGUGCCUAGACACCUAUUUGGUGAUUCUCAUGUCUACCUUCAAGAUGAUAUGGAAAUCACAGUCCAGCUUUAUAAUGAAAGACCACUAGCAGCAUCGAUUCCACAUCGAGUAACAUGCACUGUUGUUGAAGCCGAUGAGGCAUUAAAGGGAAGCAGUAAAUCCACGCCUUCUAAGAAGGUUCUGUUGGAUAAUGGAGUCACUGUCCAGGUCCCAGCUCAUAUCACAGUUGGAGACAAGAUUGUCGUCAAUACCAGUAACAACACUUAUUCUAGCAGGGCCUGA